CAAUAAUAGACAGUAACUAUUGUUCUGAGCUUGUUUUGGGAGGCAUGGCUGCUGGUCCUAGGACUCCAUCUGAUUCAUCUUGUUGUACAGAUAUCACUGAUCCUCUCUAUAAAGAGCUCUGGCAUGCCUGUGCUGGCCCCUGUGUUACCAUGCCAAGGAUUGGAGAGCGGGUGUUUUACUUCCCGCAGGGUCAUAUAGAGCAGAUUGAAGCAUCAAUAACCAAAUACCUAGACAUCAAUAACCAGGAAGCUGAACAACAGGUGCCUUUGUAUGACCUGCCCUCCAAAAUUCUUUGCCGGGUGACGAAUGUGUUGCUGCAGGUUGAACAAGACACCGAUGAACUGUUUGCUCAUAUUACCUUGGUUCCGGAGACAGAGCAGGAUGACUGCUCCACCGAUAUGGAUCCUCCGCGUCCACCCCCUCCACCCCCUCCAAGGCCUUCUGUGCAUUCCUUUUGUAAGACUCUCACAGUUUCUGAGACAAGUCCACGUGGAAUUUUAUCUGUUCCCAGGAGACAGGCUGAUAAAUGCCUCGCACCUCUGGACAAGAAUCAACAACCUCAAGAAUUAGUUGCCAAAGAUCUACAUGGAAAUGACUGGCGUUUUCGGCAUAUCUAUCGUGAUGAGAAAAGGAUACAUUUGCUGACAGUUGGGUGGAAAGUCUUUGUUAACUCCAAAAGGCUUGUAGCAGGAGAUGCGUUCAUCUUUCUCAGGGAUGAAAAUGGCGAAUUACGUGUAGGGGUCAGGCGUGCCAUGUGUCAGCAAAGUAACAUUCCAUCCUCAGUUAUAUCCAGUGGCAGAAUGCAGAUUGCUGUCCUUGCAGCUGCGUCACAUGCCAUUUCAAGGAGGACUAAGUUUAGUGUCUACUACAAGCCAAGAAAUAGCCCGUCAGAAUUCAUUAUUCCUUAUGACCAAUACAUGGAGGCCAUGAACAGUAAUUUCUUAGUUGGCAUGAGAUUCAGGAUGAGAAUUGAGGGAGAAGCAGCUCUGGAGCAACGGUCUUCCUGUGGUACGCCUGAUAUGUGUUUCCGUUGGACAGAUUUACUGGUACAAUGGGAUGCAAUAUCAGCUAUUCCACAACCAGAGAGGGUCUCACCAUGGAAAAUAGAACCUGUCUUGACCCCGUCAGAAAUUAAUCCUCUGCCGAAAGCCAAAAACAAGAGAUCCCGGCCGAAUGUACUGCCCUCAAAACAAGAUUUGUCAGUUCUCGAUAAGGCAUUAAUUGAUUCUACACAGUUGCAAAGAUUUAAUACAAUGGUCUUGCAAGGUCAAGAAGUCAUGACCUCGGGAGGAUCUUUGGAUGAAAAUAAGGUUGACAGUGUUCCGAGGACAGUUGUGUGGUAUCCAAAACUAGAUUAUGUCGAAACAAAAUGUGUAUUCUCUCAAGGAAGAUUGGUUUCUGUAAAUUGGAUCCCACUGCAAAGGCAUGACUCAGCAUAUGGAGACUCGUUUCCCAGUUCUCAGGGCAUUGGUGAAAUGCAAGAACUUUGUGGAUCAUACACUAAUCGUAUUGCGGAAGAUCCACAACAAAUAAAGUUUUCCAGAAAACCAUUUCAGGAAAUGAAUGAGUCUAAUCAGAAACAAUAUCUAACAUCAAUGGCGCCAUCUCCCAAAACCGGUGGAUAUGUGAAGUGGAAUGGCUUCAAUGCGUACCCACAUUUGUCAAACUUGGGAAUGGAAGCAUCCGGAAAACGGAAAAUGCAUAUGAUGCCAUGCCAUUCAGAAGUUUCAGGGGCACAUGGUGGUGCGGACAUAAAUUUAACGAGAAACAUGCAAGCUAAUAAACAUGGAACAACAGAGCAUCAGCCUGGUUUUCCUUCACGGGAAGCUUCUAAGGAUAAGAGAGUUGAUGUCGUUUCAGGCCCUGCAAACAAUAAUCGCAAAUUAUCUAGUCGUCAUUUGAUUGACUUUUUCCCAAGCAGUGAGACAAAUCCAUCAAAAAAUAGAGAUUCUGUCAACGAGGAAGACCUACAAGUUUCUGCUCAUGCCCCAAAAGAAUUUCUUUCACAAUUCUCCGAGGUUGACCAACAAUUGGAGCCAAGAAGGCUGAUCAAGUCUCCUACAUCUGCUAUGAGCUGUGAGCAACAAACAUCAUCUUGGAUACCAUUACAAGAAAUACAGUGCAGAGCUCACAGAAGAAGCUGUACUAAGGUACAUAAACAGGGUAGUGCUCUUGGGCGAGCUCUGGAUCUUACAAAAUUUGUAGGAUACAAAGAGCUCUUCCAUGAGCUUGAGGUGAUGUUCAAUUUUGAAGGACAACUGGAGGAUCCAAGCAAAGGCUGGCAACUUGUCUACACGGAUGAUGAGGGAGAUAUGAUGCUUGUAGGAGAUGAUCCGUGGCAGGAGUUUUGCAGCAUUGUACGUAAGAUUUAUAUAUAUAAACGAGAGGAGGUUGAGAAAAUGACCCCCGGUGCCCCUAAUUUGGAGUUCAGGAGAGAGAGUGAAGAACAACCAAUCACAAGCGAAAUUUCUACUCUUGCCGCCACUAAUGCUCGACAAAGUUAAUGUUGACAACUGAUGCUCACGUCGAGUCUCAUCACAUGUGACUUUCAUGCUGCUGCCAAACGAAUCUAUUUUUAGAGCCGUUUACAGUUCUAAUCUUAGUUCCAUAGUUUUCAAAUAGUUCAGAGCAUUCUUUAACUGCCAGUACUAGUGCUGGCCAAAUAAGGCAAAGACCAAGCAUAGUUUUGAUUAGCCUAUAUUUAGUUUGCGAGAGUAGUAAACUUUCUUAGAAAUUUUGUUUUUUAAUUCCAGCAAAUAAAGCAUGCUGUACAUGCUCCA